UUAGUGUGAUUUGAAUGGGCGUGAGAGAGAGCGUGAGGGACUGAGCAAAUCAACCUGCCUCUUUUGACUGAACAACGGGAUGGAAGAGCUGAGCUCCUAGCCACACUGAUCAGAGAGGAGUUUUAUUUUGGGAGAGGGGAAGAAGGGAGCAGACAAGGGGAACCGAAGAGGGAGAAGAAGGAGAAAAGGCAUCAGAGUGGGGAUAGAUAGCAGAAAAAUGCUGUCAUGGGGAGAGGGGGGAGGGAGCCGACAGAAAGGAACAGAAUGAGACCAGGCAGGGUGGAGCGGAGCUGAAAUGUGGAGGUGUCCAGUGGAAGAGACCAAAGAGAAGCAAGCAGGUGCUGAGGGGUGUGAGCUGAUGGAUGACAGAUCAGAGAAGCCAACACACACGCGAAUCCUCUCCAACCCAGAGGACAGAGAGCUGGACCAAACCACAACUGGACCAAACCACAACUGGACCACACCACGACUGGACCACACCACGACUGGACCACACCACGACUGGACCACACCACGACUGGACCACACRACGACUGGGGCACACCACGACUGGACCACACCACGACUGGACCACACCACGACUGGACCACACCACGACUGGACCACACCACGACUGGACCACACUACGACUGGGGAACACCACGACUGGGGCACACCACGACUGAGGCACACCAGAAUAGUAGUCAUCUGCAAAGCCAAAGCUGGAGGACGUCCUAAAGGAACGUGGAAUGGGUGUACGUUUUCCAGAUCUAAAACAUAUCAUUGUAUCUUAUACAACAGUCAUCUAAUAGUCCUUUGCAUUUUGUUAUUGAAUGUGGAUGAAGACCACGUGUAGUACCUUUACUCAUCAGGCUUGACACAGUGAGGAGAGAUAGUUGGAGUCUGAGGCACCAUGCAGUCUGACGACCUUUUCCUACGCAAGUUUUGCCGGCAGAGGCCACGACCCCCUCUGACAACGGUCAACUUUGACUCUAAGCGAGAGGGUGGGGUAAGGGCGCGGGUGGUGACAGGGGAGUGGCCCCCGAGGAGGGAUGGAACAGAUGGGGAGAGUCUUACUACUCCGAGCUGUGUGGGUCUGAACCUGAGGUCAGUGGGCCGAGGACACAUCAUGCAGAGAAGCAACAGUGACGUGACGCUCGGAGACCUGGACUCCUCUGGUAAGGCGGGAGGGAAGGCAACACGGGCGGUGGGGGAGAAGGCAGGUGCCGGGGCCCAGGAGGACUCAGGGGUGGUGCUGCACAGGGAGUAUGGCAGCCUCUCCUCGCUGGAGAGACAGAUAGGUCUGUCAGGAACCCAGGAGCCGAGUGCAGAGGACCAAGGCAUUCUGAGCCCCAAUGCCCUCCGCUUCAAAGACCCCUUUCUGCUGCUGGGCCUGCAGGGAACCCCCCCAGAGCCAGACGGCUUCUUCAGGGCUCUGUCCACCCCCGCAGGAGACACCCCAAAACCAGCCAAGCCCCCAAAGCCUGAGGGGCUGAGCAAGAAGGCCAAGCCCUCUCCUCCACAGAUCCCCCAACCAGGUCCUUAUGACAACCUGGGGGGAGGAGCCUGGGUCAGGAAUUUUGCCCACUAUGAUGUCCAGAGCAUUUUGUUUGACCUCACAGAGGCGGCCAGCAACCGAGACAGCAUCGGCCGCAAAAAAAACAUCACUUCAGGGGCAUCGGCUGCCUCGACGAUGCGUCCCCUCACCCAGGCCACGCCCUCCUCGCCCUCGCAGGGCGGGGGCGGUGUUGGGGGGGCUGUGGAGGACCCCUCCCUGGACGAGGGAGAUGGCAACGACAACGAGCUGCUGCUCAGCUGCCCCCACUUCCGUAAUGAGAUGGGGGGUGAGGAGCGGGCGGGCCUGGGGCAUACGCAGGGCAGAGGGGGUCUGUGGUUGAGCCUGAGGAACCCCAACGAUGCUGUCUCAGUACUGGAGGAACCCAGAGAGAGCCACGUCCAACAGCAGGGCAAGAGCAACUACUUCAUAGAACAUGCAGACCUGGGAGCCCAUUACUACCGCAAAUACUUCUACAUGAAAGAUCAUCAGAACUUCUUUGGUAUGGAUGACCGCCUUGGUCCAGUGGCCAUCAGCUUCCGUAGAGAGGAGAAGGAGGGGUCUAGUGGAGCUCAGUAUAACUACAGGAUCAUCUUCAGAACCACUGAGCUGAAGACUCUGCGAGGCUCCAUCCUGGAGGAGUCCGUGCCCUCAGCAGCCCGCCACACCACCCCCCGAGGCCUGUCUCCUAAAAGGCUCCUGGAGUUCAUCAUCCCGGAGCUCAACCUCCACUGCCUGCGUCUGGCCUCCACCUCACCCAAGGUCCGAGACACCCUGCUCAAGCUGGACGAACAAGGGCUGAACUUCCAGAGGAAGGUGGGGGUGAUGUACUGCCGUGCAGGCCAGAGCUCUGAGGAGGACAUGUAUAACAACGAGAGCUCGGGGCCGGCCUUCGAGGAGUUCCUGGAUCUGCUGGGGGAGCGGGUGAAUCUGAAAGGCUGGGAGAAGUACCGAGCUCAGUUGGACACCAAGACGGACUCCACAGGGACCCAGUCCCUCUACACACACUACCAGGACUAUGAGGUGAUGUUCCAUGUGUCCACCAUGCUGCCCUACACGGCCAACAACACACAACAGUUGCUGAGAAAAAGGCACAUUGGGAAUGACAUAGUGACCAUAGUGUUCCAGGAGCCAGGGGCUCUGCCCUUCACUCCUAAGGCCAUCCGCUCCCAUUUCCAACAUGUCUUCAUCAUCGUCCAGGUGGAACAGUCCUGCUCUGACCAUACCUACUACAGGGUGGCGGUGACACGCUCCAAAGACAUCCCGUUAUUUGGGCCUCUGUUCCCUACGGGUGCUCGAUUCCCCCGUUCCCCUGCCUUCAGAGACUUCCUGCUGGCCAAGGCGGUGAAUGCUGAGAACGCUGCAGAGAAGGCGGAGAAGUUCCGCUCUAUGGCCACCCGGACACGACAGGAGUACCUGAAGGACCUGGCAGAAAACUACGUGACCACCACGCCAAUCGACUCCUCCACCAAGUUCCCCCUGCUGUCCCUGGGGAGCAAACGCAAAGACAAACUGAAGGGGGCCAAGGGGGCAGAGCUGCACAGUGCUGGGGCGUUGGUCUGGGCUGUGAUGGCCACCAGUGGGAAUGAGGGGGAGACAGGAGGACACAAGCUACCCUGUCUACUGGGGGUUUCAGCUGAAUCAGUGGUGCUGAUCGAGAGAUACACACGGAGGGUGGUGUUCAACUGCUGCUGCCGCGAUGUGAUUGGCUGGAAGGCGGUGAUAGACAGCAGGGCCAUAGGCGGGCCUUGCCUGGAUAUCUUCUAUGAGAGGGGGGAGGCUGUGUCAAUCAGUGUGAUGGACAGCCAGGCGGAGGAGAUACGGGAGAUGGUGCAGAGACUGGAGUUGGUGACACGGGGGUGCGAGGCACGGGAGGUGACCCCCCUGCGUGACGGGGUGGGCCAGCCAGGCUUCCUGAUGAGCGAGGAGGGCUUUGUGACGGAUCUGCAGCGGUUCGGCUAUGCGGAGAGCGGGGGUCUGCAGCUGGGGGCGCGGGUGGUGCGUCUGUGUGGCCACGCCCUGGUGCACCUAGGACCAGAGGAGAGAACCAGACUCCUCCGCACCGCCCACAAGAUCCACAUCACCGUCAUCCCUCCAGAUGAGAACGGCAAGCCCCGCAGGAGUUUCUCAGAGUUAUACCAGAAAGCCAUCCAGGAUGCAGAGCGUAAGCCUGGGGAGGGCCAGUCUGGAGAGGCCUGGGUGCUGGACGAGAGGGAGGAGGAGGAAGAGGAGAUGGAGGAAGAGGAGCGGGAACAGGGAGAGGGGAAGGAGGCGGAGACGAUGGAGGGACCAGCAGAGGGAGGAGAGGCUGAGGACAGGCUGUCAGAGACUGGACAGGGUGAGGAGGACCAGGGGGACCAGGGCUCCCUCCUCUCCCCACCCAGCCUGCCUCUGUUACGGGCCACCUCCCUGCAGGACCACCCACUCAACCAGAUCGUGGAGAUUACCCCCUCCCAGCUAACACGCAGCUACUCCCUAGAGAGGCACCCGUCCUGCCGAGACAUAUGUGACAGGCAUUUGUAUGACAACGUGGGUGUGAAGUUGAAACAUCACAUCUAUGAGAACCCAGAGGAGCUGAGAGACACCACGCCUGACCUCAUCCUGGCUGUCAAACCCAAGAUGCCCCUGGACGAGGAACAGUUUGUGGGGGCUGAGUUGGGUGAGGAGAGGCCAUCAGCGAGUGACCCCUCCCUGUCCUCCACCCGGUUGUCAUGUCUGAACAGAGCGGAGAGAAACUCCCGAGCCCUGAGCCUACACAACUCCAUCACCAAGAUCCUGUCGGAGACCACAGAUUCCUCAGAGGAGGAGUGGCAGUCUAUAGCUGAUCUAGCCACGGCAUGCCGCAGCAUCCUAGAAGCCUUGUCACGUGAAGCAGGAGAUGGGACCCAAGGAGCAGACUCCCUGACAGAUGGCAAGCUAAAGGACAUGAAGGACAGUGACUCACCGGGCCACCUGGAGGAGAAGGUGUCCCAGCUGGAGGACAUGCUGAAGAGGCUGCAGGACGACUUGCAAAAGGGAAUGAGAUGCAAUUUAGUUAUAAGGGAAUGGACUCACCGAAUGGAKUCAGAGAGCUGGUGGUGUUCCGUGCAAGUAGUUGAGACGGAUAUGGAAGUGGAUAAUACCUUGGAUGAGGAUGAAACAAUGGAACUUUAUCCCUUAAAGACUGGCUGUAGAAGCUACACUGUAGAAAGUACGCCUCCUGCUGGACUGAGCCAUGCACUGCCACACAGCAGCUCUCCUUUCAAAGAAAAAAACAUUGUAGAGAUUUAAUGUAAACUGAACAGGAUUCCUUUAGUGAACACAGCCAUCUGUGUUCAAUUAUAUUUUGUGUUUGUUUGUUGGCUACAAUGAUAAUUCAGUGUAUUUGAAAUUCAUUUGGAAAGGUUCUAGAGUGGUUGACUGUGGGUGAGGGAUUCCCUCAUUUCAUCUUUCUGUGUGUGUACCUACUGUAUGUGUUUCUGCGUUGUUUUUGCACUUUUAGCAUAACCUAUAUGGGCAUGGGACAGGGCACUAMUUAACCUCCUGCCCAGGUUUAUGCCUUGCUUGAAAAAUGAAAGUGGAUUUGAUCUCACCCCACCUCAUCUUCAGGUCCACUGCUGAUGAUGCCAAUAACAAUAUGAGAUCAGAGGAGGACGGSAUUAUUCCUCCUCCAAGACUGUUCUGCCAAAAGACGCCAGGGCAGAUCUCCUACACCCCACUCAGACCACUGGACCCAGCUGUGACACACCCAAAAUAACUAGACUUAAAAUUUGGAAGGGAUGCCAAACAAUCGUCAAUCAUACUGUCUCAAUGCUACUUUUUAAAGACCUACCCUUUUACUUCCUCUUGUGAUUUUAUUUUAGAGUCACUGUGAUUGCCCGGUACCAGCAGAUUACCAUAUAUUCUAAUUAAAUAAAACAUCUAAACUUGAUCUAUAUGUGAAGAUGACAUGUACCAGCUGAAGUGUUCAAUGUUACUUAGCGCAUUCGGUUGUGUAUGCCGUCCAUUGCAGGAUGGUUUAAUAUGCAGACCAGUGUAAAUGUGGCCGAACAGGCUGUUUGAUCCAUGCUGUUUGAAAUGGUGAUGCCUUGUUGGAAAUGAUUAGCAGAGUUGAGAAGUGGAAGAAUAUCUGAUGUUUUACUGUGUUCUUCGGUAUAGUUCUUUAGAUUCUAGGAGGUUGUUGAAGCAUGAUACUGCACCAGGCAACUUCCUAGCUCCCCUCUGUGUGUGUGUGUGUGUGUGUAUGUAUGUAUGUAUAAAAAUGUAAUAACUUAUUAAUCUUGCAAAUGUGGAAUUCCUUGUUGGAUGUUUUAAUACAAGGGGGGAGGGAGGAAGCAAUUACAUGUGCUAAAAAGUUAAACUGGUAUGGUGGGGGUUGGUUUAAAGGAAUAAUCUUUUUUUGGUAGAAAUUCAAACACAAGACAGCAGGAAAUAUAUUUCUGCAAUGUUCUAGUAUUUCUUGGGGGAAUAAUAUUGGUUAUCAUUAUCAUAUUACUAUUGAGCUAUUCAUUCAGAGCUCCUACGUUCACAUUCAAUAAGGUCUCUAAUGCCACUAGGUACGUGUUAAAGAGUGACUCUCAGACUGUCCACAGAGGACCGGACAGYCAACAUGGUCAGACUGGUUCAUGUGAAGGCUUCUCUCUCAGACAUUCUGCCUACCUGAAAGUGUAAUGAAUGGUAACUCAGCUUGGUGUCUUCAUUUCAGUUCUUCAUGGUAGCAGACAGUGACAGGUUGUCCUGUACCCUCCAGAAUAGACAGGUGUGUCUGCCACAUGACAGACGCAGAUGUAAGGUUGGUUGGUAUGGGGUCUCUCCAGGGUCCGCUCUGCAGCCCUAAUUAAAMCUAAAAGAAGACCUACAACAAGAUGGGUUUAGGUACCCCAGGAAAGUGUCAAAUGGGUUAUAUGAAGACGAUAUGAAGUUUGUGUUUGGUUUUGUUAGGUUAAUGGGAAUUAUUCUGUAUAACACUGGUUAAAGACCAGUAUCCAACCAUUCGAUGCAGAAAAACAACUUUCCACAAUAAUUUGGACAAGUAUAAACCAUCCUCCAAAUCACACUCUUGAGUGCACUUUGAAGACCCAUUUAUGCAUCACAGAACAUAUGUCUGACACCUAACACAGAACUUAUGUCUGACACCUAACACAGAACGUAUGUCUGACACCUAACACAGAACGUAUGUCUGACACCUAACACAGAACGUAUGUCUGACACCUAACAACACAUUACAGAUAGUAACAAUUCAAUAGGCCAUUCACUCACCUACUGUAAGCUACUUCAGCUGGCAAAUGAUCUCCACCCAGCCAAUAGUAAACCUGUGAGAAAGAUCCCUGGUAGAGACAUGUGGAUGUUCCCUCCUCCCCUCCAUGCUGUAAGAGCACAGAUAAAUGAACAGUGUUUUCCUGUUAUCCUCUUAUUGGUUUGCCUUUUAUGUCAUGGCACCAUCCUUACAGGAAACCAUGGCGUCAGUAUAUGCCCUACUUACCACACAGAGCUGGAAUGUCAAGAUAGAAUACAGGACAUGAUUACCAGUAGAACCACACAUGAAGUCAUAUUCUGGUGUAGGUUUACGGCAGGCCUGGGCCACACAUCAGGUCAGAACGGUAGCACACAUUAUGCACUCAGCUCAGCCAGUUAAAGAGCUGACGUUACCAUAACCAGGCAGUGGCACACUGAGGGAAUGUAUUGUAAAACACAAAAACAUGUUUUCAGUAUGAUGCCACCUCUAAACCUGUUCUUUCCCUCACAGGAAGUCAACUGACUAAAUGUUGUUCAUGUACUGUGAACUGGAGGACAUGGCAAUAAAGAAUCCUUUAGAAGUGA